AUGGAUAAUAUUGUAAAGAAAGUAAUUUUCUGCCUUAUUAGGAAUAAAAGAUUUAUGAGGGUAAAAGAAAUUUCUAAAUUAAUGAAAGUGGAUAAUAGAAGAGUUUAUGAUGUUGUUAAUUUACUCUCCAUUUUCCCUAAUGAAGAAGAGAGUUUUGUUAUAAGAAUUAAUAAAGAUAACAUUUUUUAUUUUAAAUGGCGUCAUUGUUUUAUUGAUGGUAUUAGUCUUAAAGAUAGACUUCAAGAAUUAGUUAAAAGAAAUUGUUUAUUAUUUAAUAGAAUGAAUGCAUUAAAAUUAAGUGUCAAUAAAAAGAUUCCAUUCAAAAAAUUUGCAUUAGAAGUUUUUAAAUCAGAUGAAGAAAUCCCAGAAGAUGUACAACUCU